AUGGCCACUACUUCUUCACUCAUUUCCACACUCUUCUCUUCUCCUUCUUCUUCUUCUUCGCUCUCUCGUUCUUCAAACACCAAACCCACCACCAAAAUUCACCUUUCCAAAUCCCUUCAUCUCCACACUCCCACUCUCUUCCUCCUUCGCCCCUCGUCACCAAAACUAACAAUACCCCUUUUACCCAAACUUUCCAUUCCCAAACCCCUUCUCCUUCUCUGCACUUCCCUCGCCCUCUCCUUCACUCUCCUCCUCUCCAACGCCGACUCCGCAGCCGCCUUCGUCGUCACCUCACCGCGGAAGCUCCAGUCCGACGAACUCGCCACCGUUCGCCUCUUCCAAGAGAACACUCCCUCUGUUGUCUACAUAACCAACCUUGCUGUCAAGCAGGAUGCGUUCACGCUGGACGUGUUGGAGGUUCCCCAGGGAUCCGGGUCUGGCUUUGUGUGGGAUAAAGAGGGUCAUAUUGUGACCAAUUAUCACGUUAUCCGUGGUGCCUCUGAUCUCAAGGUCACUCUAGCUGACCAGUCAACUUAUGACGCCAAAGUUGUUGGUUUUGACCAAGAUAAGGAUGUUGCUGUGCUGCGUGUUGACGCACCAAGAGACAAGCUCAGGCCUAUACCUAUUGGGGUCUCUUCUGACUUGCUUGUUGGUCAGAAGGUUUAUGCUAUUGGGAACCCGUUUGGCCUAGACCACACGCUCACAACUGGUGUCAUCAGUGGACUUAGGCGAGAAAUUAGUUCUGCUGCAACUGGUCGUCCAAUUCAAGAUGUUAUACAGACAGAUGCAGCAAUUAAUCCUGGUAACAGUGGAGGGCCUCUCUUAGAUAGUUCUGGGAACCUCAUUGGGAUAAAUACAGCCAUAUAUUCUCCAUCUGGUGCAUCCUCUGGUGUUGGAUUUUCUAUUCCAGUGGACACCGUAAAUGGUAUUGUUGAUCAAUUGGUGAAGUUUGGGAAGGUUACAAGACCUAUUUUAGGGAUUAAGUUUGCUCCAGAUCAGUCUGUGGAGCAAUUGGGUGUAAGUGGAGUGCUUGUCUUAGAUGCUCCUGCCAAUGGUCCUGCUGGGAAAGCAGGCUUGCAAUCAACAAAACGUGACUCAUAUGGUAGACUCAUUUUAGGUGACAUCAUAACAUCUGUGAAUGAUAAGAAGGUCACUAAUGGAAGUGAUUUGUACAGAAUUCUUGACCAGUGUAAAGUGGGUGAAAAGGUGAUUGUGGAGGUGUUGAGAGGUGACCGCAAGGAGAAGAUCCCUGUAAUUCUAGAGCCAAAGCCUGAUGAAUCAUGA